GUUCAUAACUUCAUGGAAGUCUGCUGGGAGAAGUGUGUGGAGAAACCAGGCUCCAAGCUGGACUCCAGGACCGAAACCUGCCUAGCCAAUUGCGUCAACCGCUUCGUAGACACGACACUGUCCGUCACCAAUCGCUUUGCGCAGAUUCUGCAGAAAGGAGGACACGGAUAGUCCAUCAGAGGUCCGCUCGGGUCCACGGAUAUAGCGGAGCGGUCUCUCAAGACCCUGACCUGCUCACAAAUUCUACCUCAGUGCAGAAAUGGCCAGCCGGUCCCUUUCGUGGAUCUAUCACCUCUCCUGAGUGGCACUGAACCAGGUCAAAGCUCUUGAUUUACAGGCAGACUAAUCAACUGGGAAGAGUAUCCUAAACAAGUGGACUGCCUGUCAGAAAAUCUGGUUUUUUUUCUUUUUUUCUUUUCCAGUGGCAGGAUAAUCAGCAUAAGAUAGCUUGUUCGUGAAAAUUCAAAAUCUAAAGUACUUCCUUGUUAGGAAAUAAUUGAAGUGUUUGCAACUCAAUGCUGAAAUAAUUUUGUUUUGUACUUUAUUCACCAGCCCAGGGACAACUCUUGUUCACUGCCUGUGUAAUGCUCCUUUCUCUGCAUCUUUACACCUGCAUGGUUUAAAAAAAGUGGUUCACUGCAGAAGCAAUGUUAAAAUCCAGUUAUCAGUAAAAAAAUGUGAUUACAGUUCAAA